ACUCCUCCAGCGCGCUGCAGCCGCCGGCCGACAGCUCAGGACCUGCUGCACCCGGGACCGCGCCCAGACGGCCCCUCCACCUUUGUUUCCAUAGGGUCGCCGAAAGCGCCGGAGGAGACUGAUUGACCCUUGGGGACGCUUUUGUCUGGGACCACUGUUCCAGGUGUAGCCUGCUCCCUCUGCUGUGUGACCACCUCUCCACCGGAGGGGUCAGUGCGUGUUUACUUAGGGUGACAAAAAGAUUUGCAGUGACCCGGCCAAAAACUUUUUUGACUUUUUGGGUGACUUAAACACUCCACUUCAAGCUGUUUUUCGUGGGGCUGCUCCCCAAGUUUUUGGUUGUUUUCCUGUAGGCUCGCCCGCCCGACUCCCCGUCUUUCGAAGGGCGGAAAUGGCCAAUUCGGGCCUGCAGUUGCUGGGUUUUUCCCUGGCUCUGCUGGGCUGGGUGGGCCUGGUGGCCUGCACCGCCAUCCCACAGUGGCAGAUGAGUUCCUACGCCGGCGACAACAUCAUCACGGCCCAGGCCAUGUACAAGGGGCUCUGGAUGGACUGCGUCACGCAGAGCACCGGCAUGAUGAGCUGCAAAAUGUACGACUCGGUGCUCUCCCUGCCCGCGGCGCUGCAGGCCACUCGAGCCCUAAUGGUGGUAUCUUUGGUGCUGGGCUUCCUGGCCAUGUUUGUGGCCACCAUGGGCAUGAAGUGCACCCGCUGUGGGGGGGAUGACAAAGUGAAGAAGGCUCGAAUAGCCAUGACAGGAGGCAUCAUUUUCAUCGUGGCAGGUCUUGCUGCCUUGGUAGCUUGCUCCUGGUAUGGCCAUCAGAUUGUCACAGACUUUUAUAACCCCUUGAUCCCGACAAAUAUGAAGUACGAGUUUGGCCCUGCCAUCUUUAUUGGCUGGGCAGGGUCUGCUCUGGUUCUCCUGGGAGGUGCACUACUCUCUUGCUCCUGUCCUGGGAGUGAGAGCAAAAGUGGGUACCGGGCACCCCGCUCCUACCCCAAGCCUAACUCUGCCAAGGAGUACGUGUGAGCUGGGAUCCCCGUGACGCAGCCAGAUGGGCUAUGGCUGUGCCCAGGUGCCUGAAGGGACUUUGGGGCAGAGAGCUCAGCCUGUGGGCAGGGUGCAGGACAAAGGCCUCCUGGUCACUCCAUCUCUGCACACCAUGUACAGUUCUCUGGGGGGUUGGGCAGGGGAGACAAAACGGGGAGGGUGUGUUUUUGUACAGUAAUAAAAAAUGUUUUGGAAAGUAGGUGUUUUUUUCCCUUUAGGGUCUCUGCUUUUGUCCAACCGAGAUCUUUACAGGGAAUAUGGAACCCAAAGUGCACCUACUUUUAGUUAAAAAGAGAGUACUGGGGGGUGCUCGACUGUCCCUGCCUCCCAUUUCAUUUUCCCCAUUAUUUUGGCUCCAGUCUCAGCUGAUGUAAAUACUCGCAUGCUUGGCUUCUCUCAUCCGCCCCCACUCAGCCCUCAGCUCUUAAAUAACUACCAAAGAGUUUCUUUUUCAAUAAAAAAAAUAUUUUAUUAGG